CUGCGAUCGCAUCGCGAAGACAAUCUCUUUUCCUUCCUCCAGCCAAACAAAAACAUCCCAUCACUUUGCCGAGACCAACAGUCCGAGUCGUGGGAAACCUGUCAACAACAAAACCAAAAAUCAAUCAAGAUGUCGUACAACAAGGACAAGGACUUCGGCGGCGAGGCCCCCAAGACUCACAAGAUCCGCAUCACCCUGACCUCGCGCAAGGUCCAGUCCCUCGAGAAGGUCUGCACCGAGCUCAUCGAGCGCGCCAAGUCCAAGGACCUCCGCGUCAAGGGCCCCGUCCGCCUGCCUACCAAGACCCUCAAGAUCACCACCCGUAAGACCCCUUGCGGUGAGGGUUCCAAGACCUGGGACUGCUACGAGAUGCGCAUCCACAAGCGCCUCAUCGACCUCAACGCCCCUACCGAGAUCGUCAAGCAGAUCAUCGUCAACAUCGAGGCCGGUGUCGAGGUCGAGGUCACCAUUGCCGCUUAAGUGCGCGCAGUGUUGUGGCUUUCAACACCUCUUUUUUUUUUUUUGCCAAAAUGUGUCGUGGCUUGGAAAGGACUAGGGGGCGAUCAAAGCUGCAUUACGACUUUACCGACUCGG